AUGGUCAGCUGGGCUAGAAAUGGUUCUCUAUGGCCACUCUCAUUUGGUCUUGCAUGCUGCAGCAUUGAAAUGAUGCACGUCUCGAUGCCACGAUAUGAUCAAGAUCGCCUUGGAAUUAUCUUUCGUGCCUCCCCUCGCCAAGCCGAUGUGAUGAUUGUCGCCGGCACCGUGACAAACAAAAUGGCAUCAGCGGUUCGCCAAUGUUACGAUCAAAUGCCUGAUCCGAAAUGGGUUAUUAGCAUGGGCAGCUGUGCAAAUAGCGGAGGAUACUAUCACUACAGCUACAGUGUUGUGAGGGGCGUUGACAGAAUCGUGCCGGUCGACAUCUAUGUCCCAGGCUGUCCGCCGACUAGUGAGGCUUUGCUAUAUGGCAUGUUUCAGCUGCAAAAGAAGAUCCGGCGCACAAAGGUUACUAGGAUGUGGUAUCGAAAAUAA